GCGUACUGUGGACGGUGCCAUAGUCUUGACAAAGAGAAACAAACUAAACGGUUUAAGAUUAUCGCGAGAUUCGCCGGUAAAAUAUAAAUUCAUUUUUUGACUGAAGUUGUCCAAAGGGUCCUGGUUACUUGAAAGAAACGAAAGAUAACGAAUAAAACAAUUGUCGUGUAAUUGCAGGUACGCUUGUAUAAGAUGACGGUAAACCUACGUUACUAUAAUUAUAUUUUGUUGUAUUCGUUAUAUUGUAUUUAUUUUCUUCUCAUUUAUGAGCAGACUGAGAAAGAUAGCGGUUUUUUUGAGCUAGCAACCGCCUUUUUCUUUCUUCAGAUUGUACGUACGAGCGGACAUUUUCUAACUAAUCAAUUACUCAUUUUUUUCACGCACAAUAGAAUAUCUCUACAUGCAUUUAAACUGAAAGCAAAUGGCUUUCAUCGACAAAAAGAAUGAACGAACAAUAACAUUCUCAGACUGAUUGUGUCUCACAACUGAGAACAAAAUAUACCGUAAUUCAUUCAUUACCGAAAAAAAAUUAAAAGCUUCAGAUAAAGUGUUAAUUACGUUACAAACAAGGACUGCGUGGCAGGUGUGCAGUAUUGACAUCAUAGCCUCGUACGCAGACAUUCUUUUGACUCGUCACGCACUCCACCGAGAAAGAAAUGCGUGGGUUAACACAUUGACGUCACUAGGUAAGCGCCUACAAAUUUGCAUACUGAUUUGUUUGUUUCCACCUAGAAACGUGAAAUAAAAGGUUUGUUACCACGAGUACGCGACGAAACGACAGCAAUCUCGACAAAUAUCACAUUUAAUUACCUCUAUCCGGAAUUUAACAUUUGCGGGACAGUCUCCGCUGAUUUCCUAUUCAACACGAGGCGAUGUCUUUGAUAAUUUGACCUUAUCCAGUUCGCAUCACAGAAACUGCGAACGACGAGCGACAAUUCAGUUGAGGUCUCAGUUCAUAUCGUUCGUAUGGCCGAUCAGUGAACCUGGGAGCACCAUCACUAUGGGUUCUGGCGCAUCGAAAAAACUCAUAAUCGUAGAGCCGCAAGCUGACGUGACGCCAUUUUCCAGCCAUCAAGAAUAUCCAGUACACAUUACUCCUCAACCAAGGAUGUCGCAAGAACAGUGGUUGAAUCACGACAGGGAACACGAGAGAAACAAGGAGAGUUCAUAUCCAGGAAACGUUGAAUGGGAUGUGUCACACACAGACACGCUUACCAGAUACAAGAUGAACUACCCAAAGCAAGCAGAUGAUUUUCAAACAAUGUUUGAGAACAUGCAAGUGUUACGAAACACUAUUAACAACAAUUCAAAAGGACGAGAUCUGUAUUCCAAGUUGGUGGGCGAGACGGUUGAUAGCUUAGGCACAACAAGCUACAGCACCUAUACCUCAGCAGGGUCACACGUGGCCACCGACUACAACAGAAUCGUGGACUUUGCGGUGGAAAUCGAAGGAGCAGAGCUGUUGCAAAGGUUCGCUCAGAAUUGCUUCAACGAUUUCUACGAGAUGGGCGGUGAAUUGGACGAUGAUAACAGCUCCUCGGAAGAUGAAUCGUGGGAAUUUACUUGUUUUGAUUGUCUACAACAAGUGCUAGCAACGAUACAAAACUUUGCAGACUUUCACGACGGCUUUUGUUCGGCAAGUGGCCAAGCGGGAGUAGUCCCAAUGUGCCUUGAAAACAUCGUAAGACUCGAUCGCGAAAAUGACAAUUGGCAAAGUGGAGACGAUGAAUCGGAGCCGCUUCAGCUUAUUGAUACCUGCCUUGGAAUUUUGCAUAACAUUUCGCGACGGCUGAGAGAUCGCGAGUUGUUUGCUGACAGCGAGAAAACAUUGCUUUAUUUUGCCAAGGUUAAGAACACAGGAGUUGCUGCUACAGCCCUACUUUGCCUUGCUUACCUGGUAAAUGAAGACACCAACCAUCUAAUUUCAGCAGAUGAAAACUUGCUUUGCUUUAUUAUCACAAUGUUAAACGAAGCGUAUCAGUCUGAGGACCGCAGAUGCGAUGGAUAUUCCGCAAAAGAACUUGCAGAAGGUCUGAGUCACCUUGCCAUCAACGAUAACAAUAAGAAGACUCUGGGCCAAAAUGGAGCGAUUCGUGUAUUAACUGCGAUUCUCCAAACUUCAAACGAUGACGAGGAAACAGCGAGCGGGGCAAGGGCUCUCUGGAUGUUAGCUUUCGACGACACCAAUAAAGAUGAAAUAAGACAACACGAAGGAACGUUGGAUACAUUACGCGCGUUACACCACAGUGCAAACCCUGAAGUACAAAAGGCAGCCGCAGGGGCAUUAUGGGAGAUUGAAGGAAAGAAGGCAAGGAACAACGCCGACAAGACUGAAGAGACCACUGGAAAUCACGUGAUGAUCAGCUACCAAUGGGAUGCUCAGGAGCUGUUAGUGGAAGUGAAGAACAAGCUUCAGAAGAGUGGAUACCGAGUAUGGAUGGAUUUGGAGCAAAUGGGUGGCUCCACACUGGAAGCGAUGGCCAAAGCUGUCGAGAACGCUGCUGUUGUACUGGUCUGCGUGUCACAGCGCUACAAAGAAAGUCCUAACUGUCGAUCAGAAGCUGAAUACGCUUAUCAGCUGAGAAAAGAUAUCAUUCCUUUGAUGAUGCAACGCAAUUACAAGGCAGAUGGCUGGUUGGGAAUGCUUGUGGGAACAAAGCUGUGGAUUGGCUUUCAGAGUAAGCAGAUUAUUGAUUCAGGUAUAGGAAAACUUAUCAAAGAGUUAGGAGGGAGAGGAAAAGAUCUUGACACGACAGAUGGGCCUGGAGAAGCACUGAUUCGACUAACUGAAGCAAGUGUUGUCACAGCACCACCCCCACAGUCAGUGACCAAUGUGUCCACAUGGACAAAUCAAGACGUCAAAAAAUGGCUGACGGAGAUUGGAUUGGAACAAGUGUGCAAAGAGGAUAUUUCCGAGUUCAAUGGUCAAACACUGAUUGAUCUUCAAGAGCUCCGCGGAGAAUGUCCGGACUAUUUCUACAAGUGUAUAGAACACACUCUAAACUUGAAGAACAUGUUUCACCUUCUCAAGUUCAGGAAAGAGCUCGACAAACUUCUAAGUCAUUAACUGAGACCAACUGCUUGGUGGGUCGAUAGUUUGUUAGUAUCUUUCGCAGCCCGGCUCUCUUUGGGGUGUACCAUAACGUUGCGUGACCCGUGACGAGGAGUGUUGGAGACUAUGCAAGAAACGCGGAGUAGAAUAUGAGGAUUUCAAGUAUUACUUGUUGUUUCUUCUACCACCGCGGAGUCACUCGCAAACAAUGUAUAAAAAGGACAGCGACAUAGCAAACUGUAGGUUAACGUUGAGUCGCAAAUGGUUUUUACUCUGACCAAUUAGCUAUGAACAUUGACGUGUCCAACGAGCAACUUACAUUUAUCUUAGCUAUUCGAAUAAUAUGGAUUUGAUCACGCAUAUCUAUGUCGUUUGUAAUUUCUAGCAGUCUUCCGUAUCAUAUUGGUCGCUAUCAUAACCCAAAGAAACCGCCGUUAAAAUAGUAUACAAUCAACACCCGUGCCAGUGGGGGUACUCUGGGGCAAAGAGAAACCGGAGGGGGAGAAACAGCUGUAAGCUAACAACCCCAAGUAUACCUCAAGUUUUUCAAAGCACUCACCCCAUCCCACCAAAAAGACAUAUCAAAUAUCAUAUAAUAUUUUUAUCUCAUAAUUUAACUCAGCAAAAUACAUUUCAAGGCACAACUGACUCUAAUGAGGCCCACGUCAAACGUCGAACUUCACUUGAGACGAACUAAACUGAGCGAAUUAAGCUCAUGAUAAGUUCGAAGUUUGACUCAACUGAGUUCGUCCCACUGAAUUUAGAUCGCCCAACAUGUUCUAUUCGUCUGAAGCAGACGGACAGAACGUGUUGGUCGAUCUAAAUUCGAAUUAAGUUCAACGUUUGACCCAACGGUCCAGCUUCACCCGUUUGGAUCGGCAAUUUAGUUCGUCUCGGGUGAAGUUAGAUGUUUGACCUGACCCUAAAAUUUCCCAACGAAAGCUGACAAUCAAAACAAUCGUUGUGCAGGUAUAAUUAGGCUUGUAUAAUAUGAUGAUAAACCAGCAUUAUUAAAACUAUAUUUCGUUACAUUGGUUACAAAAAGGCCAGUUUGCUCAGUGCACUCUUGCAAUGUAGUCUUAAGUGAUUCCACUGAAUUGCAUUUCACAUCCUUGCUGUAUACGAUUUUUACGUCAUUAACGCGCGCGUACAAGAACGUGCACAUACACACCAUCUACAGCUUUCCCUGUAGCAGAGCAGGUGACAGCAGAAUAUAUUUUCGUUUUCUCUCAACCCUUUGACUACCAAAGUGUCACAAAAUAAGUUCCGUUUUUAACUCAGGUCAACCAGUUUUUUGGCUGAAAUUACGCUAACUGUGCCUUAGUUUUCUUGAAAAAGGCUAUUUUUUUUACCAAAGAGGCAGAUUUCCACAAGAUUAGGUAUAAAACUGCACAUCAUUUUAAUUUGGCGCAUGCGCAUAAGCCAAAAUUUGGACUUCUCUUUUUUUUUUGCGAUUGCCUGUUCCGAAUUUUUUUC